UGAUAGUGAUACAAACCAAAUUCUCCUAUUUUGUUCCCACACUCUACUACUAGCCAUUGUUGUCUAGUUGCGUUGCCCAUUUGUCAUAAAAUUGUUCCUUAUUCACACUUCCACUACAAAAAUAAGUAAUUACCUUAACCUCAAUCAAACUUUACUCUUCAAGAAAAAAUGGCACUAAGAUAUUGUUACAAGGAUUUGGUUCCUUUUGGUGCCAUGGUUACCAUGGAAUGCAUCAACGUUGCCUUGAAUACUUUGUUCAAAGCUGCUACUGUGAAAGGAAUGAGUUACCAUGUCUUUGUUGUUUAUGCUUAUGCUGUUGCUGCUUUUGUUCUCCUUCCAGCACCCUUCAUCUCCAUAAGAUCAAGAGUGCUUCCUCCUCUUAGUAAACCAAUACUAUGCAAAAUUGGUCUUCUUGGGUUGAUCGGAAGUUCAUCUCAAAUCAUGGGUUAUACAGGUAUUAGUUUCAGUUCUCCUACUCUUUCCUCAGCCAUCAGCAACUUGGUGCCAGCUUUUACCUUCUUGCUUGCCAUCAUUUUCAGGAUGGAAAAAGUGGCUAUAAAAAGUUUAAGUAGUCAAGCCAAGGUGGUGGGUACCAUAGUAUCUAUAUCAGGAGCAUUUAUAGUGACACUAUACAUAGGACCACCAAUCAUGAUUGCUCUUAGAUCUUCAAAUUCACUUCAUCAAACUCUUAAAUCAUCAUCAGAUCAAAGCUGGGCCAUUGGUGGCCUUCUACUUACAGCUGAGUAUAUAUUAGUUCCCUUAUGGUACAUUGUACAGGUUCAAAUUAUGAAGGUUUAUCCAAAUGAACUAACAGUGAUCUUCUAUUACAACCUAUGUGUAAGCAUUAUAGCUGGAAUUGUAGGUGUGAUUAGUGAGCCAAAUGCAAGUGCAUGGAAAAUAGGGUUUGAUACAUCACUUGCUUCCAUCCUUUGCUCGGGAAUUUUCGGAUCAUUCUUGAACAAUACAGUUCACGCAUAUGUACUACGUAUAAAGGGGGCUGUAUAUGUUGCAAUGUUCAAACCACUCUCAAUUGUCAUUGCUGUUGCCAUGGGAGUUGUGUUCCUUGGUGAUACUCUCCACCUUGGAAGUUUAAUUGGAGCCACAAUAAUAUCAAUUGGGUUUUAUACUGUAAUGUGGGGUAAAGCAAAAGAAGAGGUGGUUGAAGAUGUCUCGGGCCACGAAACACAAACUACACAGAAUGUUCCUCUCUUGCAAAGCUAUGAAACUGAUAGAGUACAAAAGAAAAUGGAUGCAAAUGUAUAAAAGGGAUUUGGCUCCUCUAAAGUGAGUACUUAGUAAAAUGACAAAAUCAAGGGUUGAUAUUGUAACCAACGAUGAUGUUGUUAUAAUGUACAUAUAAUAUCAACCAUUAAUUUAUUUAUCAACGGUUGAUAUUGCGUCACUUUAGACGAGCCUUGUCCGUACUCCGUAUCAGCAGAGUAUCUACCCUUCUAGGGACUAGGAGGACAUCUCAUUCAAGACUGUUAAAAACAAUUCAACUGAAUGAGAAUAGCAUUCUUUCACCAUGUAGCAAACAACACAGAUUAAGUUUUCUACAGAAAAAGUAGCAACUUCUGCAAGUUGGGGAUCCAAUUUACACAUGUGUGACUAUAAAGGCAAGGGAGCAACAUUAUUGUCUAUUGUACAAAGACAUUUGGGAAGAUUCUAUAAAUAGAACAACUCCACAUGCAAAAAAGACAACAGAAUGAAUUUGUUUCUGACCCAAAACUCUACAAAAAUUAAACUCUAAAUUAUUUCCUCUCUAUUCUAAUGUGUAAAUUAAGUUCGAGAACUAUUAUUUUGUAAACUAUCAUUGUAUAGUAUGCUUUAUAUUGGAUGUACAAGUCAUAAUCCAUAUCCAGGAAGGAACUUUAAAAUAUCA